AUGAAUUUUACUAAGAAGAUGGAUCGCGCCUUUCAAUGGGCUGGCGAGAAGAUGGGUCAUGAGGCCAAAACUGGUCAUACAGACGAAUUCAAGAGUCUGGAGACAGAGAUGGCUCUUCGACAUGACGGCUACGAACGUCUUCAAAAAUCCAUGAACACUUAUGUCAAGUCGCUUUCUCGCAAGGGUGAGACAUUCGAAGACAAGGAGAAGGGUCUCCCUGUCAGCUACCUUGGACGGACAAUGAUGAGCCACGGCGAGGAUUUCGAGCCGGACUCAGAAUUUGGCAAUUGCUUAGUUGCCAUGGGUAGGGCCAACGAACGCAUCGCUGGCAUUCAGGAGACAUAUGUUGCGCAUGCUACCUCUUACUGGUUAGAAGGGCUAGAGCGGUCGCUAGCUAUGAUGAAAGAAUACCAGUCUGCCCGUAAGAAGCUCGAGAACAGACGUCUCACAUAUGACGCAAGCAUGGUAAAGAUGCAAAAGGCGAAACGAGAAGACUUUAGACUUGAAGAUGAGCUUCGAACCGCAAAAGCCAAGUACGAGGAGUCGUCUGAAGAUGUACUUCGCCGAAUGCAAGAUAUCAAGGAGGCCGAAGCUGAAUCCGUGCGCGACCUUACGUGUUUCCUUGAUUGCGAGUUGGACUACUACGAACGCUGUGCCGAGGAGCUCCGUCGUGUGAAGCAGGAAUGGGUUGCUGGUCAGGGUCAGACAUCCGGCGGUUCUCGACCUUCUGAGCUUAGUGUCUCGCGACGUUCGACGAGAAGUAGGAGCAACACAGCCCAAUCAUUUUCGGAACGAAAUGAUCGCACUGAACGAUGGGCAAGCCGACAAGACAAUUACGACCGAGACGAACCAACCCCCGAGCCUGUGCAGAUGCCCAUUCGCUCAAGCCCGUACCGUGGAAGUGGAUCAGUAACUCCUGAGGCGCAAAGACCGGGGAUUAGUCGGGCAAGUACACACGCGGGUGCAUUUGAUGGGCCACCACCAAGACAACAGUCGUACCGUGAACCUCCAGUCCCGCCUUCCGAUUCACUACGCAAGACGCCCAUGGCACCACCCCCAGCUAUAGGAUCUCUCCGCAACAAUUUGCGCCCCGUAAAUAGAGUCCAGACCAACCAGAAUUUGAGCCCCGACGUCUACGUAGAUGAUUACGACACGACCAAUAGUAGCGGGAGCCCAGACUACGAUCGCAGCGAAAGCCCUGCCACGAGCUAUGGGAGUUUAAGUCGCACUACGAGUAACACCGGGUUACGUACUACGGGGACGACGGGAGUGGUAAAAAAGGCUCCUCCACCACCACCUCCGAGCAGAGCUAAGAAACCGGCGCCACCUAUUCCCUCUAGACCAGCGGGGUACUAA